CCGGUCGCCAUCCAUCACGGCGACGGCGUUUUUCGUCUCUCACCGUCAACGCCGACGACGACGGGCCUUCCUGCUGUCAUUUCCCUGUGCUCUGCUGCCAGGCUGCAGCUCCUCUAACGAUCUUUUAACGUUCUGGCCGUCGCUUUGCCAUCAUGUCGACGAUGAAUCGUCAGUCCACCAUCCACCAACGCCUGGAGGCGGUGACAGACCUCUCCAAGCUGUCGCCUAUCUCUGACGACAUCAUCGUCGCAUGCCUUAGAGAACGGUUCAUGAAUGACAAUGUCUACACAGCCGUCGGUACCUCUGCCCUCGUCGCCCUCAACCCCCACAAAUAUAUCCCAUCCAACUCCGACUCUGUCAUGCAGAAAUAUGCAGCAGAGUACCGUGAUACCUCUCAAAACCAAGAACCGAUGCCGCCUCAUAUCUUUCAGAUGGCAAACAACGCGUACUACCACAUGCGACGGACGACGCAGGAUCAGUGCAUGCUUUUCAGUGGUGAGACAGCCAGUGGAAAGUCGGAAAAUCGACGAUUGGCCAUCAAAAGCAUUCUAGAGCUCAGCGUGAGCAACCCAGGGAAGAAGGGCGCCAAGCUAGGCGCUCAAGUCCCAGCAUCAGAGUUCGUGCUCGAGGCUUUUGGCAAUGCUCGCACCCUCUUCAACCCGAACGCGUCUCGCUUCGGAAAAUACACAGAGUUGCAGUUCAGUGACCGGGGCCGUAUAUGUGGUAUCAAGACCCUCGACUAUUACCUCGAGAGGAAUCGGGUUGCUGGUGCGCCGUCGGGCGAGCGCAAUUUUCAUAUUUUCUACUAUCUCGUCGCCGGUGCCUCUGAAGAGGAACGACAACAUCUGCAUAUCCUAGACAAAACUACCUAUCGCUAUCUCGGCCAAAGGACAGCAGCCAACGCCGGCGCUAGGGAUAAUGAUGCCGUCAGAUUCGACCAGCUCAAGGUGGCACUGAAGACAAUCGGAUUCUCAAAGCGCCAUGUCGCCCAGACCUGUCAGCUCAUUGCCGCCAUUCUUCACCUAGGUAAUCUUGAAUUCACUAUCGACAGGCAUCGCAACGAGGAUGCAGCAGUCGUCCGGAACAUGGACGUCCUCGCAAUUGUGGCCGAUUUCUUGGGCGUGCAAGCCUCCGAUUUGGAGUCUGCAUUGUCGUACAAGACGAAGCUAUUGAAGAAGGAGCUUUGCACUGUCUUCCUUGACCCUGAUGGUGCAUCUGACAACCGGGAUGACCUCGCUAAAACCCUUUAUUCCCUGCUCUUUGCCUGGUUGAACGAGCACAUCAACCAGCGCCUCUGCAAAGACGAUUUCUCCACCUUUAUCGGUCUCUUUGAUCUUCCCGGUCCUCAGAACAUGACCAGUCGCCCCAACUCCCUCGAUCAGUUCUGCAUCAACUUUGCAAACGAGCGCUUGCACAAUUGGGUGCAGAAGCGUUUGUUCGAGAGCCAUGUUGACGAAUAUGCUACCGAAGGAAUCUCCCGCUUUAUCCCCCAGGUCCCUUAUUUCGACAACUCUGAGUGUGUACGAGUCCUGCAGAACCGACCAGGUGGUCUUAUCCAUAUCAUGGAUGACCAAGCCCGACGCGCGCCCAAGAAAACCAACCACACUAUGGUGGAGUCUUUCCAGAAACGCUGGGGUAACCACUCGUCGUUCAAGACCGGUGGAGCAGACCGGUCCGGGUUCCCAACUUUCACUGUGAACCACUAUAAUGGUCCAGUGGCGUACUCGUCAGAAGGCUUCCUCGAGCGGAACUUGGAUGCAGUGAGCCCCGAUUUCGUGUCCCUGCUCCGAGGAGUUGCCGAUGCAACGGAGAGGUCGGGGUCUAUCAACCCCUUCGUGAAGGGUUUGUUUUCGACCAAGGCUAUCGCGACGCAAGCCCAUCCUAGGAACGAGGAUACCAUUGUCUCGGCCCAGCAAGUUGUCAAGCCCAUGCGAGCGCCAUCGACGCGUCGUAAGAGCGGUGUCCGAAGGAUGCCGACUGUCAGAGAGUCGCUGGCUGAUAUAGAGGAGACCGUGCGAGACGAAGAGGAAGCCCUCGUGCCAACUAGCGGGAACCCUUGUAUCGCCGGGGAGUUUAAGUCGGCGCUCGAUACGCUGUUCGACACCCUCGACGACACGCAGCCGUGGUAUGUCUUUUGCAUCAACCCCAAUGACUCGCAACUGCCCAACCAGCUCGAGGGGCGAAGCGUCAAGGGUCAGGUUCGGAGUAUCGGUCUGACUGAGGUUGCGCGGAGAAAUGUUAACGUCUUCGAGGUUGGUAUGUCACCUGAAGAGUUCUGCGAGAGAUAUAGGGAUGGCUUGGAGGCUGCCAGCGUCGAGGAUGGUGAUCCCAAUGACCGGGUGGAGAGCGCUGCUAUGGCUUUUGGUUUAGGGGAAGCCGAUGUUGUCCUCGGACAGCACAAGGUGUUCCUGUCACAGUCAGCAUUCCACAAGUUCGAGGAUCAGCUUCGUAUCCGAGACGUUGAUGAGCAGAAACGCAAUCGUCUACGGGAUGCUGAGGCCGAAGCUGGGCUUAACCCCAGAUCCCUUGCUGAUCCCUAUGGUCCUUAUCCUCAGUCUCCCGAUCUUGAAGGGUCUUACCAGGCAGGAUACGGUGAUGCGUACAGUGCUUCCAGCCAACAGCUCCCCCUUGUCGCCAACGCUUCCCCAUUCCAACGUGCCGACGCCUACGAUGACGAAUUCGAUGAGAAUCGUUCAGUUCGUAGUGAUGAUUUUGAUGCUCGCAGCAGGUUUACGAGCCAGCCAGCGGAUUCUGUGUCAAAUCUUGGCUCAGAGUCGUACGCUCCUUCCCGGAACAUGUUCCAGAACGCUGACAAAAACGGUCUCAUGGACAAGGAUGCGCUCCCUGGUGAGAUCCAAGAUGGCGAGACCACGGAGAUCUUGAAGGAGAGCUCUGCUCGUCGACGCUGGGUUGCCAUUUGUUGGAUGCUCACAUUCUGGAUGCCAAACUUUCUGUUGAGAUUGAUCGGUAGAAUGAAGCGUAUGGAUGUCCGGCAGGCAUGGCGAGAGAAGCUGGCGCUCAACAUGUUGAUCUGGUUCAUUUGCGGUUGCACGGUUUUCGUUAUUGUCUUCCUUGGGGACCUGAUCUGUCCGACAGAGCAUGUCUACAGCACGUCGGAACUGGCGUCAUACAACAGUAAUGCUGAUCUGGUAUAUACUUCUAUUCGAGGAGAAGUGUUCGAUCUUUCAAUCGUCGAGGCUACGCAUCUGCGAGUUGUCGACGUCGUUCCGAAAAAGCGGAUUCUCUCCUACGGUGGAACAUCGUCUGAUAAUAUCUUCCCAGUUCAGGUCAGCGCCUUGUGCAGUGGUACAACUGGAACUGUCAGCCCAUAUAUUACCUUGGACUCAUCGAACAACACCGACACGAAUUCGGUGUAUCAUGACUUCCGAGUGUUCACUAAUGAUUCUCGGCCUGAUUGGUACUUUGAGAGCAUGAUCCAGAUGCGGUAUACUGCUCGCGUCGGUUUUAUGGGCUACACACCCAAGGAAAUCAGUAACAUGGCUAAAACUGGAAGCUCAGUCGCUGUUUAUGACGGCAUGAUAUACGACUUAUCGGAUUACAUCAAUUAUCCUCCUGCUAUCAAAGCACCCGCAGGUUAUCAAGCGCCGGCCGACAUCGACACCGAUUUCAUUGACAGCAGCAUUUUGGACGUGUUCAAGUUCGACGCUGGCGGUGACGUGACCAAGAAGAUCAACAGCCUGAACCUCGAUAGUGCCGUAUUGGAGCGCCAGAAGGUCUGCCUACGCAACCUGUUCCUUCUAGGCAAGGUCGACAAUCGGAAUUCAACACAAUGCCAGUUCGCGACUUAUCUACUUCUCGCCAUUUCCGUGGUCAUGGUUUCGGUCAUCGGGUUCAAGUUCUUGGCCUCGGUCAACUUUGGUUCAGCUCGCGCACCGGAAGACCAUGAUAAAUUCGUUAUUUGUCAGGUGCCUUGUUAUACUGAAGGGGAUGGUUCGCUCCGCAGGACUAUCGAUUCGCUCGCGCAGAUGAAGUAUGACGACAAGCGGAAGCUUUUGGUUGUCAUCUGCGAUGGUAUGAUUGUCGGUUCCGGUAAUGAUCGUCCAACGCCGCGAAUUGUGCUCGAUAUUCUUGGUGCUGAUCCUAACCUCGACCCGGAGCCUCUGAGCUUCCAGUCGUUGGGUGAAGGUGCGAAGCAGCACAAUAUGGGCAAGGUGUACUCUGGUCUGUAUGAGUGUUCAGGGCACGUCGUGCCUUAUCUGGUGCUGGUGAAGAUUGGAAAGCCUACGGAACGAUCGAGACCGGGUAAUCGUGGAAAACGUGACUCUCAGUUGCUUCUCAUGCACUUCUUGAACAAGGUACACUUCAACGCGCCUAUGAACCCUAUGGAGCUGGAGAUGUAUCAUCAAAUCAAGAACGUUAUCGGCGUUAACCCGACUUUCUACGAGUAUUUGUUCAUGGUGGAUGCCGAUACGACAGUUGAUCCUUUCUCGGUCAAUCGGCUUAUUUCUGCAAUGAUCCACGAUAAGAAGGUGUUGGGCGUCUGUGGCGAAACAGAGCUGGCGAAUGCUAAGCAAUCCAUCGUCACCAUGAUGCAGGUCUACGAAUAUUUCAUCUCCCACCAUAUGGCGAAAGCAUUUGAAAGUCUGUUCGGCUCUGUCACCUGUUUGCCCGGUUGUUUCACCCUGUACCGCCUGCGUACACCGGAUACUCACAAGCCUCUAAUUAUCUCCAACCAGAUGCUCGAUGAUUAUUCGGAAAAUCGUGUAGAUACACUCCACAUGAAGAAUCUCUUGCAUUUGGGAGAGGAUCGUUAUCUGACGACGUUACUUCUCAAGCACUUCCCGUUGUUCAAGACGCAGUUUGUACGGGACGCACAUGCAUACACAGUGGCGCCGGACGAUUGGAAGGUGCUAUUAUCUCAGCGUCGGCGGUGGAUCAACUCCACGGUUCACAAUUUGGGUGAACUCAUCUUCUUGGACCAGCUUUGUGGUUUCUGCUGUUUCUCCAUGCGGUUUAUCGUCCUGAUUGAUUUGGUGUCGACCCUGAUUCAGCCUGUUACGGUGGCUUACAUCGUUUAUUUGAUUGUUCUCGUCGCCGCCGAAGGCAAGUCAAUACCGACGCUGUCGCUGGUCAUGAUUGCCGCUGUCUACGGCCUCCAAGCGUUGGUGUUCAUACUACGACGAAAAUGGGACAUGAUUGGUUGGAUGAUCUUCUACCUCAUUGCUAUCCCCGCAUUCUCGUUCGCGCUGCCGUUGUACUCGUUCUGGAAAAUGGACGACUUCUCGUGGGGUGCCACUCGUGUCGUUAUGGGUGAGUCUGGCAAGAAGAUGAUCGUGCACGAUGAGGGCAAGUUCGAUCCACGUUCUAUCCCCCUCAAAUCAUGGAAUGACUACGAAAACGAGCUAUGGGACAAAGAAUCCAAUCACAGCAUUGGUUCCUGGGUUCCGCCCUCGAAGUUCAAAAACGAAGCAGGAUAUGCCGAAUCUCACACUGCUUCUUUGUAUGGUCGCGAGACGUACUACGAGCCAGGACCCCGCACAUAUUCCCCAGCGCCAUCAGUUGGGAUGUACCCGCCGCCCGGAUAUCAGUCAGGGCGUAAUACCCCGCAGAUGUACAUGCCUCAGCCUCAAGCGGGACUGGCAAACAGCACGUUGUACCAGCCAGCGCCAUCGCGACCAGUCUCAAACUACCUCGACAUUCCCAUCCCUACAAGUCGAAGUCCCAAUGCUUCUCCUGGUCCGAGCGAUGCUGAGCUGGAGGGUGUGCUCCAAGACAUUCUGCGCACGGCGGACCUAAACCUAGUGACCAAGAAGGAUUUACGGAGACAGCUGGAGGAUCACUUUGGUGUUGACCUGACAGCGAGGAAGUCGUCCAUCAAUGCGAUGGUUGAUCGGUUAUUGAAUUUCUGAUUUUGAUGCACCUUGCUUUCCCUGUUUUCUGGUUGUCGGACUUUCUUGGAUUUUUCUUAAUUACGACUCGGUUAUGACUGUGUUUCGCUUUGCCAUUCUCUUCCUUCUUAGUAUAAUCAAGGACCCCUCCCCCUCGCCUCCAUGGUACACGGACUUUGCAUUACCUACCUAACCUAUACGUAUAACAUUGCACUUGGCGUUGGUCCCAGGAUUUAGUUAUAAUUACCCAGACAUUCGUU